AAAUCAUAGCCGUCCGAUCAACCAGCGUAUUCACCGAGAAGAUCUUUUCGAUCACUCCAAUGGUUUGACGCCACCUCAGAUUUCCGACAACAUUCCGGUACUGUUUCUAGCCUUUUCCACAUCUUUAUCCGCGGGAUUGCGAAGAUGAGGAGCUCGAUCCAGGAGAGUCAUAGUGGGAGCUAUCUGCGAAAUCUUAGGAUUUGAAAUUUGAAUACUCAGGGUUUUGAUUAGUCCUCCGUUGCAUGCUGAUCCAAUUUUGAGCUCCUCUCCCAGUGAAUCUCCUAGGGUUUCUUUCGAGUCGGGGGAAAAAGUGUGAUUCUUUUGAGUCCUCCCUUGCGUGUAGCCAUGUUUAAGAAAAUCAUGAAAGGUGGGCACCGAAAGCCCUCUAAAUCCGAGGCUAAUGAACCGUCUAGUUAUGGUCCUGGUUCCAAUGUGGUCGUUAGCCACGCUUCUCGUGGCGCACUGACUACUUCUUCUCCGUCGCCAGUGACGGCCACUCCACCACCUCCGCCGAUGGGCUCAGUAGAGCCACUCCCGUUGUUCAGGGAUGUCCCGGUUUCAGAGAGGCAGACUUUGUUCUUGAGGAAACUUCAGAACUGCUGUUUCCAAUUUGAUUUCACUGACACGAUUAAGAACGCCAGAGAGAAGGAGAUUAAGAGGCAAACGCUGUUGGAGCUUGUGGAUUUUAUACAGUCUGGAGCUAGUAAGAUCUCAGAGUCGUGUCAGGAAGAAAUGAUUAAGAUGAUUUCUGUCAAUAUAUUCCGGUGUCUCCCUCCGGCAUCACACGAGAAUACGGGUCAAGAGCCUGCAGAUCCUGAGGAAGAGGAACCUUAUCUGGAACCUUCUUGGCCUCAUCUACAGCUAGUUUACGAGUUGCUACUGAGAUACGUUGUUUCGACUGACACAGAUACUAAAGUGGCAAAACGGUAUAUCGACCAUUCUUUUGUGUUGAAGUUGCUCGACUUGUUUGAUUCUGAAGACCCGAGAGAGAGGGAGUAUCUAAAAACCAUUCUUCAUAGAAUCUACGGGAAGUUUAUGGUCCACAGGCCCUUUAUUAGGAAAGCAAUUAACAACAUUUUCUAUAGGUUUAUUUAUGAGACAGAGAGACACAGUGGGAUCGGGGAACUCUUGGAGAUUCUAGGCAGUAUCAUAAACGGGUUUGCGUUGCCUAUGAAGGAAGAGCACAAGCUAUUUCUAAUCAGGGUGUUGAUACCAUUGCAUAAGCCAAAACCAAUAGCUGUAUAUCAUCAGCAGUUAUCUUAUUGCAUCGUUCAGUUUGUGGAAAAAGAUUAUAAGCUCGCGGAUACAGUAAUCAGGGGAUUGUUAAAGUAUUGGCCCGUGACAAACUGCACCAAGGAGAAUCUCUUCCUUGGAGAACUUGAAGAAGUUCUUGAGGCAACACAGCCUGUCGAGUUCCAGCGUUGCAUGGUUCCAUUAUUCCAACAGAUUGGUCGCUGCCUCAAUAGCUCUCACUUUCAGGUUGCGGAAAGAGCACUGUUCUUGUGGAACAAUGAGCAUAUUGUGGGUCUUAUCGCGCAGAACCGAAGCGUAAUCCUUCCAAUCAUAUACCCCGCACUGGAGAAGAAUAUCCAGUCUCACUGGAACCAAGCAGUUCAUGGUCUAACUGCAAAUAUCAAGAAGAUGUUCAUGGAGAUGGAUCCUGAGCUCUUUGAAGAAUGUCGGAGACAGUAUGAAGAGAAACAAGCGAAAUCCAAACAAGUAGAAGAACAACGCCAAUUUACAUGGAAGAGAUUAGCCGAAGCAGCAGCAGAGCGAGACGGAGUUGGAGGAGGAGAAGGAGAAGAAGAUCAUAUGAUCACUUCCUAGAUCGAUUAAAGAAUAUGGUAUUAUCCUUCACUUUUUUGUUUGUUUGUUAUCUCAUUUUAAUCAAAUCGUUGAUUAUUAUUAUUUUUUUCAAUUUGUAAACUUCGAUUGGUUUUUUCUUAUUUUGAGAAUCAUCGAUUCUGAU